AGUCUUUCGUCCUCGGAGGGCCGACGCCAUUCAUUCGUUGUUUAUCAGGUGUGUUCAUUUGUGUACCAGCAUACAUUAUUUUGGGCAAAAAUCCAAAGCCCUAAAAGUUGAAGAAAUUUUAGAGAGAGAAAAUAAAUUUUAAAUGUUUACAGUAGAUGGUGGUUUCCAUCUCUAAAAAAUGGCGUCUCGAACCCUAAUGAUCAAAGCUCUCAAGCAGCAGCUCCUCCGGAGGCUGUUUUUCUCUACCAUGGAUUUGUGCCUUGUGGUGGUUCUGUUAUCUGCUAUUUCCAUUCUUGUUACAUGCAAGCAGUGUUCGGUAAAAGAAGUGCAAAACCAGUUAGCAUUUCAGGUGUCCAGGUCAUAUAGGAGCAAUUUGGAGAACUCGUCGGACAUAUCUAAUGAUAUCGUUGGCUCAGAAUCGGUGGCAAGGCAUUCUGUUGGGCAACACAGUCUUGAAAAUGUAUGUCCGCCUUCGAAUUCGUUUUGUUUCCCAUCAACAUUGUCUGGGUUAGUAGACACUGAAAUUAGUGCUGAAUCAGAGGCGCCAGAUUCUUAUGGGGUUCAUUCAUCUGAAUUAAAGCACAAUCUAAGCUGGGCAGCUCAGCAUAGUGGGAAGAUUAUCUCGUGUUCUUUGUACCUGCAAGAUGGUUUUACUGAUCAAAGAAGUGAUGUUUCUUCUUGUGUAAGCCCAUCAUUUGACAGAAGGACUUCAAAAUUGGUGGAGAAUAUCGAGACUGUCAAAGUUGGCUUUUCGGAUGGAUUUUCCACUCCACCUGUGGAAAUAAAACCAUCUCUGCUGGAUUGGGGCCAUAAGAAUAUGUAUAAUCCUUCCGUAGCCUUUUUAUCAGUGAAGAAUGUAGACGUUGAUAGUGUUUUGAGUGUCUACGAUCCGUAUAGCAGCAACUCACAGUUUUAUCCCUGCAAUUUUAGUGAAAUAUCGUUGGCUCCUGGACAAGCUGCAUCGUUAUGUUUCGUCUUUUUCCCUACACAGCUUGGCUUAUCCUCGGCUCAACUAGUUUUGCAGACAAGUUUCGGUGGGUUCUUGAUUCAGGUCAAAGGCUUUGCUGUUGAGUCACCUUAUUUGAUAAAGCCUCUAAGUGGUCUCGAUAUUUCAUCCAAUGGGAGGUGGAGAAAGAAUUUGUCCUUGUUUAAUCCUUUCGAUGAAGCCCUUUACGUGGAGGAAAUAACUGCUUGGAUAUCCACUUCCUCCGGAAAUACGUCCCGCUCGUCGAAAUCUAUUUGCCAUACUCACACUAUUGAAGAUACCAGCAACUACAAUAUGUUGAGUGCUAAAGAUUGGUUUGUCGUGGAAAGAGCUGAAGCUGGUAGACCACAAAUUUCAUUGAGGCCAAAAAAGAAUUGGGAGAUUGGUCCUAAAAAGACAGAGACGGUUGUGGAGUUAGAUAUUUCGGACCAGUAUGAAGGGAAAGUUGCUGCAGCUUUCUGUAUGCGAUUGCUUAGAUCUCUGACCAGUGAUAUUGAUACUGUAAUGGUACCUCUCGAGGCUGAACUGCAUCCAAACAGUGCUCCAGAUACAGGGCAAGUUUCCUUAUCUAUUGAGGCCUUAGUUCCAUGCAGUACAAGUGGAUCAAUUAAUGUUGCGUUGUUUGUCCGAAAUGAUGGCCCAUAUCUGUUGAGUGUUAUCAAAGUGGCCCAAAUAGGGGAACAUAUAGAGACGUUUCGAAUCAAGUCUGUUGAAGGACUCGUUCUUUUCCCCGGUACAGUCACCCAAGUUGCUUCUUUCGAUUAUGCUCAUUUGGAAACUCGUGAAGUAAGUGUGAACUGCAAAAUAAUCGUAGUGAUGAACGACACGAGUAAUCCGAUGGAAAUCCCUUGUGUUGAUGUAAUCAGUGUUUGCUCAGGGCAUCGAUUUGAUUCUUCUGUUGGAUAUACGAAGAGGGCCAAUAACGUUGAUUAUGUGAAUGGAAGACAGAGAUUUUUCAGCAGCAGUGUGCCGCCACUUUCUGAGAUCAAGGCAGUAGACACUGGAGAAGCAGAUGAAUCGAUACUGAGGAACUGGAAAUCCCAAGCCACUGUGAGCUCCAUGUCCGUUCUUGAUAAGAACGAACUACUAUUUCCAAUAGUUCUGGUCGGUAAUUAUUGUUCUCAGUGGAUAAAUGUCAAAAACCCAAGCCAAGAACCAGUUGUAAUGCAGCUCAUAUUAAACCCGGGCCAAGUAAUUGACAAGUGCAGCGAACCAGAAAAGCUCUUACAACCAUUAACAUCCAGUGUUAUGGUAGUUAAUAAAUCAUUUGCUCCUACUCGGUAUGGUUUCUCAAUAGGAAAAAAUGCAGUGACCGAAGCUUUUAUACAUCCAUAUGGGAGUGCAAUUCUCGGCCCAAUCCUCUUUCAGCCCUCGAAUAGAUGCGAAUGGAGAAGCUCGGUGCUAAUUAGGAAUAACAUAUCUGGUGUAGAGUGGUUAUCUCUUAGAGGAUUUGGGGGCUCACUUUCGUUAGCAUUGCACGAGGGUUAUGAUCCUGUGCAGAGUUUGGAAUUUAAUUUGAAUUUAUCGAAUAGGUUAAAUUUUUCUUCUCCGCGCAAAACUCAGUCUUGUUCUCAGCCCUUGAAAAAAGAGGUUUAUGCCAAGAACACGGGUGACCUUCCUUUAGAGGUCUUACGAAUCGAGGUUUCAGGGGUAAGAUGUGGCUUGGAUGGGUUUAUUGUGCGUAAUUGUACUGGGUUUUCUCUUCAACCUGGAGAAUCUGCGAGGCUUUACAUAUCGUACCAGACUGAUUUUUCAGCAGAGACAGUCCAGAGGGACCUCGAACUGACUUUGGCGAGUGGCGUUCUUGUCAUUCCAAUGAAAGCGAGUAUACCGAUGUGUUUGCUCCACUCAUGCAAAAAAAUAAUGUUCUGGAUGAGGGUGAAGAAAGCUACGGUAGGGUUGUUUUUUGCGGCUUCUUUGCUGUGUUUAGUGGUUUUUUUCGUGCUUCCACAUGUGGCAGCAUUUGCACAUGAUCAAGAACUAAAAAAUAGGGAAAACCCUGUUUCGCCCUUGAUCCAUUUGCUGAAUUCUCUGCAUACGCGUUUUAAUUGGAAAAAGAUUGGUCCCCAAAUGAAGGGUUUUGUAAAAUCAAGUGCUGAUGUGGAUCCAUCUUCAGAACAUGAGAAGCAGACUAAGUCCCUAUUGGAUAAACAGCCACAAACCAGAUUAGCAUCAGUUGAGAACUUGGAUACGCAAGAAAAAUUAGAGUCGCAAAAUCUGAAGGUUAAAGUUGGAAAAGAGAAGGGAAAAAGGCAGAGGAAAAAGAAGAAUAGUGGCGCCCCAGCAUUACUCUUUGAAGUUUCAAGCAGUCAGAGCGGCAAUUCUACCCCGUCAUCACCUUUGUCACCUGUGACAUCACCACCACCAAAACGACCAUGGCCGCUAUCACCUGUGGAAGCUAAAAGCCCAUUUUCUCAGAAAACUGAUAAAAGUAAAUGCUCUCCUAAAGUGAAUAUCUUGGAUAACGAGGUUCGUUCGAAUUGUGCACCAGAGAAGCCUAGUUUGACCAAGAAAGUGGCUGGCAAAGCUGUUCUGUUACCUUCUGCAACUUUUCCUAGUGCUGUUAGAGCGGUCCCUGCUUGGAAGUGCAAUUCUCCGUUUUUGGCUCCGAAAUCUACUAUUGCUCCUCAUGCACGAGCUCCAGGGAAAAAGGUUCAGAGCCCAAAAACCGGUGGAACUGAGGAAAAAAUGGCUGUUGUUGAGCAGAAAUAUACUUAUGAUAUUUGGGGUGAUCAUCUCUUUGGGCUUCCUUUGGCUUCCCAGUCAAAAGAGGUACCUAGUAAACCUUUGUCUUGCAUUGAGAAUGAUUACGAGAGCUUCUUUGUAAGGGGCCCGCAAACCCUAAUGAAAAAUUCUCUGCUGCUACCUCCAGUCUCUGAUGUGGAGAGUAAUGAAUAAAUAAGUUCUGCAUAAAUCUUCGUGCAGUUUCGCCAU